AUAAUCGGAUAAACAUUAUUAUCAACUCGAGAGAAGUUGUUUAUUUUUUUUUCUGUUUGUUCUUUUUGCUCGCAUCGAAAUCUUCGUAAUAAGAAGCGGCUCGUUCAACGUGAUCCGGAUAUAGAGUUUGAAUAUCAGUUAAUUAAAUAAUAAGUUUGAUCAACAUGGAACAAGGUGGAAUCUCGAUAAUAUCACCUCCAGGUAUUACGGAAAAUUCCGUUGGUAAAUCAACGAAAAACAUUGGACUAGCAUUGAGAUCAAACGCGGGUAUCAGAAGUGCUAAGGAAAAGCUCAAAGCACCUUGGUUAAAGGACCUAAUGAAGGAAGAAAAGUCGAUACACGAUACGAUUUUGGCACUUUUAGGAGAGAUCAUUGGCACUGCAAUUUUAGUAUUUGUCGGAUGCAUGGGUUGCGUCGCGAGCAUGGGUAAUACUCCACCAAUCUAUCAGAUUUCUAUGAGUUUUGGGCUAGCAGUCAUGAUUGCGAUACAGUGCGUAGGUCAUAUUAGCGGAGCACACAUAAAUCCAUCAAUCACAGUGGCUAGUUUAAUCCUCGGACUUAAGUCUCUACCAAUGACCGGUCUCUACAUUUUUGCACAAUGUUUAGGAGGAAUCUUCGGUUACGGUUUGCUAAAGGCAGUAACUCCAAGUGGUAUGUUACAUGCUGGAAAUCCAGAGGAUACUAUUUCAUUCUGCAAAACGGACAUUUAUCAGAAUAUGAAUAUUUGCCAAGGAUUGUUAGCCGAAAUCAUUGCUACCAGUAUAUUGGUAUUCUUUGCAUGUGGCGUUUGGGAUCCACGAAAUGAAAAGAAUUCGGAUUCGGUAUCACUGAGAUUUGGAUUUUGUGUUUCCGUUCUUUGCUUCGUCUUCAUUCCUUACACCGGGUGCAGCUUGAAUCCAGCUAGGUCAAUCGCACCAGCUAUUUGGAAUGGAUAUUGGAGAAAUCAUUGGGUCUUUUGGAUUGGUCCAAUCGGUGGUGCUAUUCUAGCUUCCACGGUUUAUCGUUAUUUAUUCUUGCCAAAAACUAAAGAAAAUGAAGAAAAUCAUCAGGAUACUUUGACUGGGGUAGAAACGUAAACAAACGGAACUAUAACAAUUCGAAAAAGAGAGAAAGAGAAAUCCUGAUUGCAGUGGCGUUUAGUCGAGCCGAAAUAAUUGGCGCCUAAGAAGAAAAGGAUAAAAAAGGAGGAAAACUGGUCUCUUACGAAACGAUCAUUAUCGUUUUGAAGAAGGAGAGAGAAGAUGAGAGAACUGAUAAGCCAAGCAACGAGUUACUAUUGCAUGAAGGGGGAUUAAAAAAAGAUCGUGUUCUUCUAUAAUUUUUUUUUUUUUUACUAAUAUUAUUAUUAUUAUUAUUUCUUUUUCAUCGUAACUUCGAGGGAAAAAGUAUAAUGAAAAGAAUUUCGAUCUCGUAAAUGCCACUCGAGGAGGAAUUUUCCGUCAUCGUCGAAAUAUUAUUCCUUUUUUUUUUAUAUUCCAUUUUGUUUAUUUCUAAUUGUACAAAGGGAUACACGUCGUUAGAUUUUAAGCAAUUCAACCAAACCACUACCACUACCACCACCACCACCACUACCACCACCCCUAUCAUCUCCGUCCCCUUCUCCCUCCCCCAUCUCCACCCUUCACUGGGGUGCUCUUUACAGCGGGAAUUUCAAAAGAAAAAUGUUACGGUCGAUUCGUUAAUUCGAUUUUACCGAUCGAGCUUGUUGAAUGAGAUGCACCGUAGUCUUGCACGUAUAAUAGAUUAAGCUUAAAUCAAAGUAUUUAAAUUAUUCUAUACAUAUUUAUAUAAGAAUUAUGCAUAUUUAAAGGUGCUCGUAUUUGUCGAGUUUCCGUCUCGAUCGAGAAGCUCUUGUUGUGUACGUAAAUAUAUAUAUUAUUAUAUACGUUUAUACGUACAGAUGUAUUAUUGUUCAUGAAUAGUCGAAUAAUUUGAUAUACUUGAAUGAAGAGCUAUUGCAAAAUCGAGUGAUAAGCGAAAGAGUAUAUAUAUAUAUAAAAUGAUUGAAUAUAAUAUCGUUUUAGAAAUUUUUUGUUACUUUUUUUUUUUGAAAUGAUUUUAAUUUAUAUACACUAAUGUUUGUUAUACGAGACAAUCGUUCUUGUAAAUCAAUUAUUUUUAUACACGCGUAUAAUGCAUAUAUAGAUUGAGUCAAAAGAGAAAAAAAAAAAAGAAGAAAGAAAAAAGACAUUUAUUUACUUAUUAUUUUUUUAAUUAUUGACUCACUCUGUAUAUAUUUUUUUUUUAUAAACGAAUACGUUUGUCCUGUGGCUCGUGAACGGUACUGUAUAUGCACGAAUUUAUCAUAUUUCACAAUUUAUUUAUAAUAUAAGAAGAAGAAG